UCCCCCUACCGUCACUGCCUCGGUCUGGCGAGCGAAUGUUCAGUAAGCGCGCUACUGCUGGUAGGAGGCAUUACCGACAUUUCGUCUUUGACAGCCGACCGGCAUUUCGCCCAGGAAACAUUUUCAUACUGUCCCAGCAGAGCGAGAAAAGGAAGAAAUAAGUCGUAGGCUCGGGUUUGCUCUGCAGGUCUAUCCAGGGGAAGCAGAGAAGACCUUGCCCUCCCUGAUUGGAGAGGGAAUCACGACCACAGCUCCUGCUGCACAGACUGCCUUUGCCUCCAUCAUGCAGACUUCGCUCCUUCUCCUCCUUUCCCCAAUCCUCGUCCUCUCCUUCCUCAUCCCCGCCUGCUCCUCCCAGAGCGAGGCAGACCUCAUUGUUCAGACGCGCACCGGUCGAGUCCGCGGCAUCCGCAUGCCUGUGAUGGACCGAAGCUACGUCACGUCUUUCCUGGGCAUCCCCUUUGCUGAGCCGCCGGUAGGGAAACAACGUUUCCGUCGCGCUGAGCCCAAGCGUCCGUGGACCGGGGUGUACGAUGCAAACGCCUACCCCAAUGCCUGCUACCAGUUUGUGGACACGUCAUACCCAGGCUUCCAGGGCAGCGAGAUGUGGAACCCCAACAGAGAGAUGAGCGAGGACUGCCUGUACCUCAAUGUCUGGGUGCCCUCCUCACCCAGGCCGCACAAUCUCACCGUCAUGGUGUGGAUCUACGGUGGAGGGUUCUACAGUGGGUCCUCUUCUCUGGAUGUGUAUGAUGGCCGUUACCUAGCUCACAGUGAGACGGUCAUUGUGGUUUCCAUGAACUACCGGAUCGGUGCUUUCGGCUUCCUCGCUCUACAUGGCAGCUCUGAGGCUCCCGGCAACGUGGGUCUGCUGGACCAGAGAAUGGCACUGCAGUGGGUGCAAGAUAACAUCCACUUCUUUGGUGGAAACCCCAAACAGGUGACUAUCUUUGGGGAGAGUGCCGGUGCUGCUUCAGUUGGAUUCCACCUCUUGUCUCCAGACAGCCGACCGACCUUCACCAGGGCCAUCCUCCAGAGCGGGGUCCCCAAUUGUCCCUGGGCCUCGGUCAGCCCCGCUGAGGCCCGCAGACGGGCCACCUUGCUGGGUAAACUAGUUGGCUGCAACGGAGGCAACGACACCGAGCUGGUGGACUGUCUGCGCAGUAAAUCUCCACAGGAGCUCAUCGACCAGGAGUGGCAGGUCCUGCCGUGGUCAGCCCUCUUCCGGUUUUCAUUUGUCCCUGUUGUGGAUGGCGAGGUGGUGCCCGACACCCCCGAGGCCAUGCUCAGCUCUGGCAACUUUAAAGACACUCAGAUCCUGCUCGGGAUCAACCAGGACGAGGGCUCCUACUUCCUGCUGUACGGAGCUCCGGGCUUCAGCAAGGACAAUGAGAGCCUGAUCUCCAGAGAAAACUUCCUGGAAGGUGUCAAGCUGAGUGUACCACAUGCUAACGAUAUUGGCCUGGAGGCGGUGGUGCUGCAGUAUACUGACUGGAUGGAUGAGAAUAACGGACUGAAGAACCGCGACGCCAUGGACGACAUAGUGGGCGACCAUAACGUCAUCUGCCCACUGGCGCACUUUGCUCGCUCCUACGCCCAGCACACUGCCCUCAAGACUAACAUGGGAGGAGGGAUGAACAGUGGAGGAAACUCCCAAGGAGGGGUCUACCUCUACCUGUUUGACCACCGAGCGUCCAACCUGGCAUGGCCCGAGUGGAUGGGUGUGAUCCACGGCUACGAGAUUGAAUUUGUCUUCGGCCUGCCACUGGAGAAGAGACUCAACUACACUGUAGAGGAGGAGAAACUGAGCCAACGCAUGAUGAAAUACUGGGCCAACUUUGCACGAACUGGAAAUCCCAAUGUGAACCAUGACGGGAUGGUGGAAAGCAAGAGGCGCUGGCCUGUGUUCACUGUCAGCGAGCAGAAACAUAUCGGGCUUAACACUGAAUCAGUGAAGGUCUACAAAGGUCUGAGGAACCAGAUGUGUGCUUUCUGGAACCGCUUCCUGCCACGCCUCCUCAACAUCACUGACAACAUAGACGAGGCGGAGCGCCAGUGGAAGGUGGAGUUCCACCGCUGGUCCUCUUACAUGAUGCAUUGGAAGAGCCAGUUUGACCACUACAGCAAGCAGGAGCGCUGCACCGAGCUCUAAGAGACAAGAGGACGCCGGGUGGAGGGCAGAGAGAACAAGACGUGGCUGUUUACCUCCAUAGCCCCUCAGUGAAGUCUAACUUCAUUCAAAACUUUUUUUUUCUUUUCUUCCCUGUUUCAAUCCACACACAAACACAGGCACUGUUGAUCUUUAUUUUUAUUAUUUAUACUAUUUAUUUAUGUGUUGUUGUUUUUUUCAGAAAUGUGUGUGUGGGUGUGCGUGUGUGUGUGUGUCUGUCUGUCUGUCUGUCUGUCUGUCUGUCUGUCUGUCUGUGGAAAUGAAGGGCUAUGGAGGCAAGUUGUCAUCAACAUGUAGUAAUAUUAGAAAUGUCUGAGAUGUGUCAUUACUGCGUGUGCGUAUCCCAGUUUAUCUGCAACCUCAACAGGCCCAUGACACUGCACCACUGGUUUACUGUUGGCUCACUUGUCUUUUGUGUUGAUCUCGAAAUCUUUUGUUUUCGGACGAUUCCUCUCUUUCCGACAUAUCAGGGUUUUUUGUUUUUUUGGACUCAACAACACUGUUUUUUCUGUCGAGGCCUUUUAGUCUUCUUCUUGUUCAUUAUUAUGACCACUAUUCUCAUUACUGUUUGUGUUCUGCUUCACUUUGUCUUGUGUAUUUUUCAUGUGCUGGGUUACAUCCAUGUGUUUCUGUGUGCAAAGGCUCCAUGGAAAACCACUUCAUGCUAGUUUGAUUAGUUGGUUUGGAAGUGUCUGACAUUCAGUCUGACUGAUGUGCGCCUAAUUUACGAAAAGAGUUUUGAAAUUCAAGAAUUUCAAAAGUUCACUUUAAAUCAGCUCGACAGGUGAAGAGAAACAAGUCUUGUUAAUUUGAAUGGCACUCCUCAGGUUUGCCCUUGUCAGCAGUUUAGUGCCAUACCUGUCACUGUCUAAUUUGCACACCAGCGCAGAUAGAUAGAAAUAGGGCAGAGGGGGGUGAGCAGAGGAACUGAAAAUGUCUACUGAUAAUGUAAA